GGGGGGGGGGGGGAGGGAGAAACCGGGGCCGCAGCGAUGGCGAACGUGGGGGACCUGGCCAACAUCGCGCAGCUCACGGGGCUGGACGCGGUGCGCCUCAUCGGCCUCAUCGUCAAGGCGGCGGCCACGGCGCGGAUGCACAAGAGCAACUGCCGCCGCUUCGCGCAGCACCUCAAGCUCAUCGGCGGCCUGCUGGAGCAGCUCCGGGUGUCGGAGCUCAAGAAGUACCCGGAGACGCGGGAGCCGCUGGAGCAGCUCGAGGACGCGCUCCGCCGGGGCUACCUGCUCGUCAACUCCUGCCAGGACCGCUCCUACCUCUACCUCCUCGCCAUGGGCUGGAACAUCGUCUACCGCUUCCGCACCGCGCAGACCGAGAUCGACAACUACCUCCGCCUCGUGCCGCUCAUCACGCUCGUCGACAACGCCCGCGUGCGGGAGCGAAUUGAGUACAUUGAAAGGGAUCAAUGUGAAUACUCUCUUGACGAGGAAGACAAGGAGGUCCAAGAAGCUCUGUUAAACCCUGACCCUGGCACAAAUCCUUCGAUAGUGCUCAAGAAGACUCUGUCCUGUUCUUAUCCAAACGUGCCGUUUAAUGAAGCUCUUCGGAAGGAAAGUGAGAAGCUCCAGGUGGAGCUUCAAAGAUCACAAAGCAACAUGGAUAUGGCCCAGUGCGAGGUUAUUCAUCACCUGCUUGGAGUAACUAGAACUGUGGCAAGUUCUAUUCCAGAGGAAAGUACAGAUGCCAAGGUUACCAAGAAAACCAAUUCAAAGUGCACAAAAGUUAACGAAGACAGUGCAAAAUCGUAUGAUGAUGACUCCCCAAAGAAGCAAAAAGAUGCCUAUAUUGCACCACGGAGUUCUUCACCUGUUCCCUACAACCAUGAUCUGGUCUCGAGUACAGCAUCAUACAGUGAUGAGUGGCAUGCAGAUUUACUUGGUUGCUGUUCAGAGCCAGCUCUGUGUCUGAAGACCUUCUUUUUUCCAUGUGGAACAUUCUCAAGGAUUGCUUCAAUCGCCAAGAACAAGCCCAUGUCUUCGGGAGAAGCCUGCAAUGAUAUUAUGGCGUACUCCCUCAUAUUGUCUUGUUGCUGUUACACUUGCUGUGUAAGGAGAAAGCUUCGUCAAAGGCUAAAUAUUGCGGGAGGGUGUUGUGACGAUUUCCUUUCACAUGUGAUGUGCUGUUGCUGUGCUCUUGUUCAAGAAUGGCGCGAAGUAGAGAUUCGUGGUGCAUACGGAGGGAAGACAAAGAUAACCCCGCCGGCACACCAGUACAUGGAGCACUGAGACUCUGCGAUCCCUGAAAAAAAAAGCAAAAAAAAAGCAGCUACUCUGCGAGAGGCCUGGGCUCCUGUAAAUUAAAGAUAUUGACCUAAAAUUGUCAGAAACCGUACUGCCAUGUUAGUGAUACCCGUCCAACAUGCUCUACUGUUUGUGUUGUAUUUAUGCGUCAUCUUGGUAUUAUGGGUCUUAGAACUCAGUUAAUUUGUAAAAAGUAACUAAACUCGUCAGUCUCAGGCCGGUUAGAGUCAGUGUUAACAUUGCCAUUGUUGUCUAUAUAUUCCAAAGAGGACGUGUUUUUUUGGCU